UUCCGAUUAGAUCACAAUGAAGAAGUUUACAAUGGAAAAAAGUGCCAACAAGUUGCUUUUAGAAGGUGAUGGAAUGUCGGUGCUACCUCAUAAGUCAUCCCAUCUUCAUGAUGGAGGAGAAAUGGUUCCUGUGCGACCAGAUCAGGGCUUGGUGCUCUUCAAAGAGGUGGCCGUGUAUUUCACCAAGGAGGAGUGGUCCCUGCUGGAUCCGAGCCAAAGGACUCUGCACGAACAAGUUAUGAUGGAGAACUUUGCAAACGUGGCAUAUUUGGCGUCCUGUGAUGUGGCAGAGAUCAAGGCAGAAGACAGACAGGGAACAUUCUUAGAAAAAGUCAGUCAUGAAGAGGGGAAGGAGCAGCGAAAUCAAAAUGCUCAUUUGAAAAUCCAUACAGGAGAGAAGCGACUGAAAUGCGCAAUGUGCAGUAAAAGUUUCUAUGAUAAAUCUGUCCUUAGUAAUCAUCUGAGAAUCCACCCAGGGGAAAAAACGUUUAAAUGCCUGGAGUGUGGAAAGAGCUUCUGUGGGAGUGAUGACCUGACUAAACAUAAUCAAAUAAACCCAGGAGAAGAAACGUUCAAGUGUUUGGAGUGUGGGAAGAGCUUUGGAUGGAAAUACCGCCUUACGUUACAUCAAAGGAUACACACUGCGGAGAAACCAUUUAAAUGCCUGGAGUGUGGAAAGGCCUUCCGUUGGAAUUGCGAACUUACUUCCCAUCAAAGAAUCCACACAGGUGGGAGACCAUUGAAAUGCCUGGAGUGUGGAAGGGCCUUCCGUUGGAAUAGUGAACUUGCUUCCCAUCAAAGAAUUCACACAGGUGAGAAGCCAUUUAAAUGUCUGGAAUGUGGAAAGGCCUUCACUCGGAAUGAUCAACUUACUGCACAUCAAAGAACUCACGCAAGGGAGAAGCCAUUCAAAUGUCUGGAAUGUGGAAAGCCCUUCGCUUGGAGUACUCAGCUUACUGCACAUCAAAGAAUCCACACAAGGGAGAAGCCAUUUAAAUGUCUGGAGUGUGGAAAGCUCUUCGCUCGGAGUGAUCAGCUUACUGCCCAUCAAAGAAUUCAUACAGGGAGAAGUGUCACAACCUGUCCCAUUGGGUCUCCUUUUUUUUUUCUUCCUCUCUAUGAAAGGUUCCCAACCAAGGAUCAAGUCGGCAUACUGCUGCUCCCGGAUUCUGUGAUUCUCUGACCUUUUUUGGCGUCACAGCAAACAGCCCAGCUCUUCUCGAUUCACCCUUUUUUCCCCACCGCUGCCACCAUAUGACACUGUACCUUACCGAAGAAUCCAAUCCCGUUUGUGCAACAAAAUAACUUUUAUUUAACAAGAAGUAAGUUCAUGCAGUUUAUCCAUCUUAUGGUUUCGUUUGUUGAAAUACUUGUUUGUUACAAUACAGUAUCUUAUGUUUCGCCUACUCUACCCCCUAACCUAAUCUAUCUCCUUCUAUUCCCUCUUUUCCUACUCUGAUCUACACCCUUCAGCCGACAAACCCAGACUCUCCUCUCAUUCUGUUCACUUUCCGCACACACUCUACUGCUAACUGCUCUUCAAAUGCUUCAAUCCACCAGCCAAUCAGCAUUCAUACCAACAUUCUAUUCACUCACUUCCCCUCCCAACUGCAUUAACCACUUACCAUCCUUACCAUCCAAAAUCCAAACAGCACUUACAUUCUGGAUAAAUAACAAUAAACAGUAAAACAUCACAAUUUAAAUGUCUGGACUGUGGAAAGUCCUUCGGUCAGAGUCAUUGACUUACUGUACAUCAAAGAAUUCACACUGGUGAGAAUCCAGUAAACCUAACUACCCAUCAAAGCAUUCGCAUGGAGGCUGAACCAUUUAAAAGCUCAAAGUGUGAGAAAGGCAUCUGUGAUAAAUCCACCCAUAGAAAACAUCAAAGAAUUCACAGUGGUGAAAAGACAUUUGACUGCCUGGAGAUUUGAAAGAACUUCACUUGGAACGGACAACUUACUUUACAUCUUAGAAUUCACACAUGGGACAAAGAGUGCCCUGAGCAUGGAAUUCACAUCUGAACAUUUGAAAACUAGAUUGAGCUCACAAUGAUUCUUCUGCACCAAAAUCCACCCCUGGUUUCCCAACCACUUGAACAGGACAAUUCGGUAGUGGUGGGGUGUCAUUUAGUGGUUUAACAAUGGUGUGUCAAAAAUCCUUGCUGAUCCACUGCAAAUCCCUCAGAUCUACCAGUAAAUCAAGAAUCACUUUUUGAUUCUGUUGGACGACACGUUAGCCAAUGGUGGACUAUUUAAGCAACCGUUGCUUAAAUAGUCCCCUGUUGACUAAUGUGUGAUCUGUCUGGAAAAAAACAUGCUAUAUAUAACCAGUGGAGAUAACCUAUGGUUUACAGAGCGGUUUAUCUGCACAGCUGUUGAUUAUCAUGUCGUGUGGCAGGCCCUGUGGAUUAUUUCCCAUGCUUAGAGUCACGAGGCAAGAGCGGCAGAAACCCCUGCCACUGUUGCCUAGUAGGACUCUGUCGGGAUGGGCAAUAAUCCAUUCUGGGGAAGAUCUUGGAGAGCCACCAGUCAUCUCAUCCCUUGGUGAGGCGAGAAUGAUCUUGGAACGAGAAGGAUCUUGGAAUUGUUGUAGAUCGCAAGCUGAAGAUGAGCCAACAGUGCGAUAUGGCUGCAAGAAAGGCAAAUGCUAUUUUGGGCUGCAUUAAUAGAAGUAUAGCUUCGA